AUGGAAGAGACGAUGUUCAAAGGCGAGGUGAAGGUGGACAGCGAGAGGCUGCUGAGGAAGGUUCGGUUCCGCGUCGCGUCCUCGCACAGCGGGCGGGUGCUGAAGGAGGUGUACGCUGAUGGCGAGGCUGCCGACUCGCUGGACUCCGAGUAUGCCAGCAGCUCAGAGACUGACCAAACCAGCCGGCUGAGCGAAGUGGACGGGCAGCAGAACGGACACGUAGGGUCGGAAUGUGAUGAAAAUGAUAAUGAGCAGGAUGACUUGCUCAUUUUAGUCAGAGCCACCAAAGAGAAGGGGUUUGGUACAAAGAGAGUCAACAUCCUCAGCAAAAAUGGCACAGUCAGGGGAGUCAAGCAUAAAGUCAGCGCCGGUCAAGCCCUUUUUGACAAUUUGGCAAAAGUAUUUCAGGUAGGUGAUGCAGAUCUGCUGUUUGGCCGCAUAAUAAUUUAUACUACCAGUCUUCGUGUGGUGAGAACCACUUUUGAAAGAUGCGAACUGGUCAGAAAGAUAUUUCAAAAUCACAGAGUUAAGUUUGAAGAAAAAAACAUUGCUCUGAACAGUGAUUAUGGAAAAGAGCUAGAUGAAAGAUGCAGAAGUGUCUGUGAAGUUCCCUCACUCCCUGUUGUGUUUAUUGAUGGCCAUUAUCUUGGGGGUGCUGAGAAAAUUUUACUAAUGAAUGAAUCUGGGGAACUGCAGGAUCUCUUAACCAAAAUUGAGAGAGUCCAGCAUCCUCAGGAGUGCCUCUCCUGUGGGGGCUUUGGUUUCCUGCCGUGCUCAGCGUGCCAUGGGAGCAAGAUGUCCGUGUUCCGGAACUGCUUUACGGACUCGUUCAAAGCCCUCAGGUGUACUGCUUGCAAUGAGAACGGGCUCCAGCGCUGCAGGAGCUGUGCAGGCUAAAAACGGCAUCUCCACGUGUUCAAACAAAUUUUAUGGUACUGCACGGGUUUGUAAUAGUUUCUUUUUUUUUUUUUUUAAUUAAUCAAUUUAUCCAAAACAGUAAAUAAAAAUCCAUUUGUUGUAUACUUCUGGUUUGAGCAUUUGAGCUUUUUAAUCUUCAGUUGUCGACCAUAUAAUGAACUUUAAAAUACAUCUUUUUAGUUUCCUUAUAGAGAAAUUUGUAGUCUGGAAGACUUAUAUGAAUUCUUUCUUUUCCGAUAUUGGAUCAUCAGGAAUCGUAUGUGUUUUUGAGUGCUGCACUCAAAAUUACUACAAAAUUAAACUUAAACUUCAGAUUAUUGAGCAGUGCUGUUUCCAAAAUCAGUGAGAAUAAAGAUUUUGUAUUGUGAACUAGCCCAAGACUGUUCCAAACAGCACUUCUCUGAAAAGCCAUUAUGGCUGAAUUCUGUCCUGAAUUCUAUGUGGCAACAGAACUGAAACAUUUCUUGAAAGUCCUAUGAAUCAGUUUUCUCUUUUAGUACUGCUUUUUCUUUGUCACAAAAUUAAUGUUGUUAGACAAAAGUAC